AUGGGUCGUCAUCAAGCUGCUACAUCUCAUGACAUCAAGAGACCUAUUGGUGAAGCUGCCAAAGCUCAAAUAAACACCCCAAAGAGAACUAGAUUAACAGUUGAAGGUCCAAUUGAAUGUUCCCUUUCCGGGUUCCAAUUGUUAAACUCUCCUUUAUUCAAUAAAGGUUCUGCAUUCACUGAAGAGGAAAGAAAAGCUUUUGGUCUUGAAGGUUUAUUACCUGCUCAAGUAAACACUUUGGAUGAACAAGUUGAAAGAGCUUAUAAACAAUUGUCAUACCUCAAAACACCACUAGCCAAGAAUGAUUUCUGUACUUCAAUGAGAAUCCAAAAUAAAGUUUUGUUUUAUGAAUUAGUUAGAAGACAUAUUAGAGAAUUGGUUCCAAUCAUUUAUACACCAACUGAAGGUGAUGCCAUUGCCGCUUAUUCUCAUAGAUUUAGAAAACCGGAAGGUUGUUUCCUAGAUAUCACCGACCCAGAUUCCAUAGAGAGAAGAUUGGCAAACUUUGGCGAGGAUAAAGAUGUUGAUUAUAUCGUUGUUAGUGAUGGUGAAGGUAUUUUAGGUAUUGGUGAUCAAGGUGUUGGUGGUGUUAGAAUUGCCAUCUCCAAAUUGGCCUUGAUGACAUUAUGUGGUGGUGUGCAUCCAGGUAGAGUUAUCCCUGUUUGUUUAGAUGUUGGUACUAAUAAUAAAAAAUUGGCUAGUGAUGAUUUAUAUAUGGGUAAUAGAUUCCCAAGAAUUAGAGGUGAACAAUAUGAUCAAUUUGUUGAUAAAUUCAUUCAAGUGCUAAAGAAAAGAUUCCCUUCAGCCACUUUACAUUUUGAAGAUUUUGGUGUCACAACAGGUAGACCUUUAUUACAAAGAUAUAGAAACCAAUUGGCUUGUUUCAAUGAUGAUAUUCAAGGUACUGGUGCCGUCGUGAUGGCUUCUUUAAGUGCUGCUUUGAAACAUACAAAUAGACAAUUACUAGAUUCUGAAAUUGUCAUUUAUGGUGCCGGUUCAGCUGGGUUAGGUAUUGCUGAUCAAAUUGUUAAUCAUAUGGUUACUCACGGUGCCACCGUUGAAGAAGCCAAAGCUAAAAUCCAUACAAUGGAUGUUAGAGGGUUAAUCCUUAAAUCUAUGAAGGAAUCUUCAACUAAAGAUCAACAUUCAUAUGCUGAUCCAGAUUCAGAAUGGGAAGGUAUUGAUACAAAAUCAUUAUUGGAAGUUGUUCGUAAAAUCAAACCAACUUGUUUGAUUGGUUGUUCUACACAAGCUGGUGCAUUCACAAAGCAAAUCAUCCAAGAAAUGUAUAAGCAUAACCCAAGACCUAUUGUUUUCCCAUUAUCAAACCCAACAAGAUUACAUGAAGCCUUCCCAGUUGAUAUCAUGGAAUGGACAAAUAACGAUGCCCUAGUUGCUACAGGAUCUCCUUUCAAACCAGUUGACGGUUAUGUCAUUUCAGAAAAUAACAAUUGUUUCUCAUUCCCAGGUAUUGGGUUAGGAUCUGUUUUAUCAAGAGCUAAAGUUAUUAGUGAUAGAAUGAUUUCAGCCGCCGUGGACCAAUUAGCUGCAUUAUCACCUCUAAGUCGUGAUCCAAAAGCUGGUUUAUUACCACCAUUAGAAGUUAUUAAUGAUACUUCUGCAAAAGUUGCAGCUGCUGUUAUUUUACAAGCUUUAGAAGAAGGUAAUGCCAAAAUUGAAGAUGAAGUUCAACCAGGUAAGGAUGAAUAUGUUAAAGUCCCAAGAGAUUUCGAUGCUUGUGUUGAAUGGGUUAGAUCACAAAUGUGGAAACCUGAAUAUAGACCAAUGAUUCAAGUUGAACAUAGGGAAGAUAUACAUACUCAUCAAUAUUGA